CUUCAUAACAGAAUGUGAACAGGAGAAAACAAGAAAGGGGUGGUAUACCCUUCAAAACAAGCCAGAAAAUAUGCAUUUCUUUCCUUCUGCGAUAAAACAUGACUAAUAAUAAUAGUGUUCUAAGCUAUGUGGGAUUAUAUAAAUAGAAACACACAUAAGAGACUCAAAAGAAUUAGAAACACCCAAAUUUGUAUGUAACAUGGCUUUCUCCCAUUCUUUUAUCUCAACAUAGUAUGCCUUGAUUAUGUCUCAAACAGUUGCUGAUCAUGUACUCAAACAAUAUUGAUUUCUUAAACUCAAACAAUAAACACUAGUGCUCUUGUUCAGAUUUAGACACGAUGUUAGGAUAAUUCUGGCAAGAUGCUCAGUUUCCCUGGCUUGAAUUUGUUAUAGAUUAGUUGUUGAAGUUUGUAUUGAAUCUUAGUUGAUUGAGUUGCUUUUGAUACUCUUACUUUCCUCUUGCGUUGAUAGUUAGUGUACCAUAAUUUUAACGAGACCACAUUUAUUCGUAAUCUAAUUUCUCAAAAGCUUCUAAUUGAUAAAAUGAAAAAUGGUAUUGUAUCCAUUUAUUCUUGGACAUUCCCAUCCCUUGACUGUCCCAGUGUCCUGUGUCCCUUCUCAAAUGAAGCCAUCAUGCAUUAUUGUAUGACAAACUGUCAAACUAAACAAGAGCCAAGAGCCCAAGGCAACAGAAACAACUCAGGAAAAGAAUUAUGGAGCAGAUUGCUGUGGUCCUCACUACUCUUGCCUCAUUACUUUCACUUUUUAAUCUUCUCUCCUUCCCUUCCCCCCUAUACAAAACACCACAUCACUAACAAACCCAUUGAUAUCCUUCUUCCUCUUCCUGAUCUUGAUAGCUACAGACUACCUCAUUUUCUCUUGUCUCCCUUGCUACUCUUUCUAAUCAUGGAAGAGAGUAAAAGCAAGCAGAGGAAGCAGGAGAACCCCCAUGUGGUGGUGAAGAAGGAGGAGGAGGAGGUUCUGUACAGUAAGAAGAAGAAAUUACAAGUUGUGGGUGGAAGUGGAAGUGGAUCUGUGAAGAACCAGAACCUGAACCAGAUGAUGAGAUGUUGUCAGGCUGACAAGUGUACAGCUGAUCUGAGUGAUGCAAAGCUCUACCAUAGAAGGCAUAAGGUGUGUGACCAUCAUUCUAAGGCUCCAGUUGUGCUUUUGGCUGGGAUCAGCCAAAGAUUUUGCCAGCAAUGCAGCAGAUUUCAUGAGCUAUCAGAAUUCGAUGACACCAAGCGGAGUUGUCGGAGGCGCUUGGCUGGCCACAAUGAACGGCGAAGGAAGAAUUCCUUGGAGUCUUAUGCAGAAGGCUCAAGCCGCAAAGGGACUAGUACUCAGUCAUGUGGGAAGGUUGAUGACAUGGGAUCCGGAAGAAUUCAGAUCAACAUCCAAGAAAACUCGACUUGCAAGCAUUUCCAGAUCAGAUAAGAUUUGCCAAGCUAGCUUGCUCCCUCUCUUCUGUCAUGUAGCUAGAGAUGUAGUAACAGUAAUAAUUGUAGAGUUCCAUUCUUGGAUGAAACUUUAAUUUCAAUUGUAUUGGAAUAUCAAUUUCAUGGGGCUAGGAUUGCGAUUUGGAUGUAGCCAGGAAUAAGCUACUAUUAUGUAACUUAGCUAUAUAACUAGCUGGUAUAAUUUCAAGGUUACAAAUAUUAUUCCGAUUCUUCAUGAUC